GAUAAGGAGUAUAUACAAAUAUUGGUGGUAGGGUUCCAUCCCAAGUCUGGGAUAUUGUUUUUCUCUGAUCCGAAACUGUCACGAAACAUGAAUGAAAACAGUCCGCUGCUUGAUCCUGAACGAGCUUCUGAUCGAAGAGUUGGUAGACUUGUACAAAAAGACGAUGUGGCGAGUUCGAUUGUCAAGAGCCAUGUUAGUGUUGACGAACAGGCCAUGGCCGGAAGUACGAUUGGCGAGAGACUGGCCUACAAUGACUAUACCACUAUAGAUUGGUUGCAUGAUCUCGACUCCUACCGUCUCCGCAACAUCCACAACAGAAAAGGCUUGACGGGAAAAGCAAUCGCCCUCUUCGACUCAUCUUCAGGAUGGAUAGCAGCCGCAGCAAUCGGUGCUUUGACGGCUUGCGUAGCCUACCUCGUCGACAUCGCCGCCGCCACAGUCAGUGAUUGGAAACUGGGCUAUUGCACUGCCAACCCCUUUCUCACUCGCGAGGCCUGCUGUGCCACUUCCACCUCCACUCCAGAGUCCAUAAUCCAAUGCACUGGUUUCAAGACUUGGGGUCAUGGAUACACUGCUGCUUUUGGGGUGUAUGUUGCUUUUGCUCUGGUGUUUGGUGUGGUUAGUGCUGGGGUUACUAUGCUGACCAAGAGCGAGUUACCCUCUGCCAGCACCCCAGAUACUGAGGAUAAAGAUAGUGUUGCAGCAACAGGAAAAGUGAUGUACAUGGCUGCUGGCUCGGGUAUUCCAGAGAUCAAGACCAUACUCGGCGGGUUUGUUAUUCCGAAUUUCUUGUCUUUGAAGGUGUUGGUGGUGAAAGCGNGUCUUGCACUUGGCAAGGAAGGACCAAUGGUCCAUAGCUCGACCUGUAUCGGCUACCUCGUUGCCUCUCUCUUUCCCAAAUAUCGCGACAAUGGACGCAAAAUGAGAGAAAUGCUGAGCGCAGCUUGUGCAGCUGGACUGUCCGUGGCAUUCGGUGCACCUAUCGGAGGUGUAUUGUUUAGUUAUGAGGAGAUCAGUACCUAUUUCCCCAGGAAGGUGCUGUGGAGGGCUUUUCUCUGCAGUGCUGUUGCUGCCAUGGUGUUGAAGGAACUCAAUCCUACAGGCACCGGAAAGCUGGUCUUGUUCGAGACCAACUAUGGGACGAGCUAUAGUGCUGUGCAUUACCUGGUCUUUGUCGUGCUUGGCAUUGCAGGAGGCAUCUUCGGCGGCAUCUUCUGCAACCUCAACUACCUCUGGAGCAAGAGCUUCCGCAGAUACUCCAUAAUCAAGAACUACCCGGUCUUCGAGGUCUUCUUGAUCGUCCUCGCCACAGCCCUCCUGCAAUAUCCCAACCCAUUGAUCCGAGAGCCUGGAGACAUGGUAAUCAAGACCCUACUCGUAGAUUGCAAGAGCGACAACUCUGCAGACUCUUGGGUUUGCAAGAACGAAGCCCGUACAGAUGGUCGUUGGGAUUAUGUGGGAUGGUUGAUAUACGGCACGUUGGCCAAGCUCGUGCUUACCAUCAUCACUUUCGGGAUCAAAGUACCCUCGGGCGUAAUCAUUCCUGCCCUCGAUGCUGGUGCGUUAUUCGGUCGCCUCGUAGGUCAAUACGUUGGUGGCAUUUCUCCUGGCAUUUUCGCCAUGGUUGGAGCGGCAGCAUUUCUGGCUGGUGUAAGCAGGAUGACAUUGUCUCUAUGCGUCAUCAUGUUCGAGCUCACAGGCGAGUUGGACUAUGUGCUACCACACAUGGUUGCAAUUCUGGUUGCCAAGUGGGUGGCCGACGCAUUGGGUAAGGAAUCAGUCUAUGAUCUCGCUCAGAACGUGUUGGGACAUCCAUUCUUGGACCUCGAUCACAGUUUAGGAUACAUCCAGAUGGAAGAUGUUUUGGUCGAGGAGCUUGUCCCUCCAGAGCACACGAUGGAGCAAAUCACCAUCCAUGUGCCUGCGAGCAACAAAGUCAGGAGAGACGUACUAGAGGAGAAACUCGCUCAGCUCGAGAGCAGAGGUCUUUUAGAUGCUGGACUUGUUCUCGUUCAGAACAAUCGGAUGCUGCAAGGAUACCUGGCAGAAGGUGAACUCGGCUUUGGACUCAGAGAACUGGGAAGUUUGUACCCCAAAGAGACGGAAGUGCGACUUUUGGGUGAUGCAGAAGAGGGUGAUUUUGAUAUGUCAACUUUUGUGGACCGCACUCCCAUGGUUGUCUGCGCAAAGGCACCGAUGGAGUAUGCGGUCGAGUUGUUCGGAAAGUUGGGACUGCGGCAUCUGAUGGUUACUGAAGAAGGCACUGGGAGGUUGGUAGGUGUGAUUAUCAAGAAAAGGUUGGUGGCAUAUUUGGACGGGUUGAAGCAUGGUUAG